AGUUAUUACUGGAAAUUGUACACCCAGAACAACAUGAUUCUCAACAAUUUGAGAGAACGUUAUCGUCAGAAGCUCAAAGACAGUUAUAAGACCUUCAAGACACCCAGUGAGACGGGAGUUGAAGUCUGGAUUGAGGUUUGGGUGCAAGAAGUGAAUGCGGUAAAUGAACUUGCUUCCGACUUCGACAUGGACAUUUAUGUCACUGAAUUUUGGUGGAUCAGCCCCUCAAAUACGAGCAUCUCCAACCCUUGCAGAGUACAAUCUGUCACUCAAUUCAGAGGUGAACAAGAUCAU